CUCUCUAACUUUCUGUGUCUAGAAAGUGGCGCUAGGCAUCAGCCAACUUUUAGAGAGAGAAAGCCACCAGGAAGCUUCCUUUCGCUGCCUGCCUCAGGUUUCUCUAUUUUUACCGAUAUUUUUUUUUUUCAUUUUUAUUAUUAUUCUCGAAGGAGAAGCUAGAUCUUUCUUUUCUCUCUCUAAAAACAAUUCUAAUUCUCUUUUUCUCUCUCUAACAAAUAAAUUUCCAUUUUAAUUAAUUAAUUUAAUUGAAGAUGCGUCGUUCUGCAUCGAAGAAGACGGUUCAAUCGAAUUCUACCACUGCUUCAAUUACUUUUUCAGCUACGGAUCUUUUUCGCUCCGCCUCAAGUAAAGCAUCUUCAAAAGAGAUGGAGCGAAUCGAUAACCUAUUUUACUCAUACGCAAACAGGUCUUCUGGUAUUAUUGACCCAGAAGGAAUUGAAACUCUAUGUUCAGAUAUGGAGGUGGAUCAUACUGAUGUCAGAAUCUUGAUGCUAGCUUGGAAAAUGAGAGCUGAAAAACAGGGAUACUUUACCCUGGAGGAGUGGCGAAGGGGCCUCAAAUCACUGAGGGCUGAUACUGUAAAUAAAUUAAAAAAGGUGCUUCUGGAGCUAGAAAAGGAGGUUAAGAGGCCAACAAACUUUAUGGAUUUCUAUACCUAUGCAUUUCGAUAUUGCCUAACAGAGGAGAAACAAAAGAGUAUAGACAUAGAGAGCAUCUGCCAAUUGUUGGAUCUUGUUUUAGGAUCCCAUUUUCGAGCCCAGGUUGAUUAUUUCAUUGAGUAUCUAAAGAUUCAGAGUGAUUAUAAGGUCAUAAACAUGGAUCAAUGGAUGGGCUUUUACCGUUUCUGCAACGAGAUAAGUUUUCCAGACUUUAGUAAUUAUGAUCCGGAACUUGCAUGGCCCCUGAUCUUGGACAAUUUUGUAGAAUGGAUGCGAGCAAAAAGGACCUAAAAGUCGAUGCUUUUGGUUACUUGGGUUCCCUGCUGUAAACCAUUAUUAUUAUUUAAGUAGGUAGUGGUGAAAUCCCUUUUCUUUUCCCCACCAUUUGGGAAAUGUAUUGUUUUCAUUCCAUGCCACUUCUCUCUCUCUCUCCCUCUCUCCUUUUGCUCUUUCCCUCGCGUUGCUGUUUAGUAAAAUAUGUGAUUGGUCUGUUUGCAGGAUUAUUGAAACUACUCACAUUAGACUCCCCCAAGAGUUGUAACUUGUUAGUUCUCUGUAAUCCUGUUCUCCUCCAAACCAGCAACUUAUGCUCAAAUAUCUUAGAAAGUGAAGUUUGCGUGUU